ACAUUGGAAGGAAAGAAUUAGAAAGCCUAGGCGAGCACUGCGAUGUCUCAACAAAAUGGACACAUGCACAGCACAGGCGAAGCAAAGCAUGUCACGAUUUCAUGUGUAGAGCGUGCUAAUAUCUAAUCAACAUAUCCACAUUUACCCACUGCGCCAAUUGAACUGUUGAUCGGGCACAAUAUGUCGAAAGCAACACAACAGCAUCUUAUCAUCAGCGACCGACUCACCUCCACAAAACAGCACAGCCUCUUCUGCACCACCCUCCAUCACCGUCGCAACGCGAGCCACCUCCCACAAACUCACGAUUACGCCUUACACCCAGCCAUGACGGUCCCUUGUGCCACCGCACUGACGUGCUUGUGUAUGCGAGGGGCCUCAAGCGCCACUUCGCCAAUAUUGCCAAGCGGCGGCACAACGCAGCACGGAAAAGAUGGGCGCAAAGGUGCUAGUCCCAAAAUAACCGCCACAGAGAGUAGGGUGUGCCGACUUCCGGGGCUGGGAAGUGACGUACCGUGGGGGACAUUGUGUCUGUGGAGGGGUUGGUAUGGUAACAGUCGAGUGGUGUAUGUCUCGGAUGAUGGGCUUGUGUUUUUGAGGCGAAGUUGGUGGUGCUGCAUCGGAUUUGAAACGAGGAUUACUCGGGUCAGCAAUCAACAAAAGGGGGAAGUACAAGAUGCACCAAGGCACACAACACCACGGCCAUCUUUAUCUUUAGUAUCUGUAUCCCGUCCAGAGUACUUAUGAUUCCAUCCUUGGUCAUAUCUCAUCAAAAGGCAUCCGGCGCGCUCCCGUUCCUUUCUUGGCAAAUGGCUCGAUUCAAAGAGAUUCCGACUCUGGCUCAAGCUACACAAAAGCGGUCAAGACAUCGGGUACAACAUCAAAGUUGUCGAGUCGAGAGGACAAGAAGUAACGCCAUCUUCACGAGAAUCGAUAGAGAUGGAGCAGUUUGUGUUUGCCAGAACGACAGCGUCAUCGUGUGUCUUACAGUUCUAAAGUCUUGAUUGUAAGAGACGGGCGAACCAUCGAUCAAGGCUGUCCAUGUCAAACUUUGCUCCUGAAGGUAAGCUUACUCCAAAGGACAG